AUGGUCUCACGCCGUAGGUCGUUCCACCAAAACGAAUUUGAUGUCAACGAUGUUAUACGACGUUUGGUAUCGGUAAAAUCGCAUCAAAAAAAUUUAGUGGUCAGUGAACAUGAACUGAAAAUUAUUUGCAGUUUAGCGCAUUCAAUAUUCCUUAGUCAACCAAUGCUUCUGGAAUUGGAAGCUCCACUAAAAAUUGCAGGUGAUAUACACGGUCAAUAUUCAGAUUUACUCCGACUUUUCAAUCUAUCAGGAUUUCCGCCGGAAUCUAAUUAUCUUUUUCUUGGUGAUUAUGUUGAUCGAGGACCCAGAUCUCUUGAGACGAUCGCCUUAUUGUUAUGUUAUAAGAUCAAAUAUCCAAAGAAUUUUUUUUUGCUACGUGGAAAUCAUGAAGUGGCAAAUUUGAAUCGAAUUUAUGGAUUCUAUGAUGAAUGUAAACGACGAUGCAGUAUCAAAAUUUGGAAAUAUUUUCAAGAUGUGUUCAACUGUAUGCCAGUUGCAGCGUUAAUUGAGAAUAAAAUUUUUUGCUGUCAUGGAGGAUUAUCGCCAAUGCUUAGGUCUAUUGAACAAAUUAAACGGCUUUAUCGACCGGUUGAUGUCCAGGAAACAGGUUUAUUAUGCGAUAUACUUUGGUCAGAUCCAGAUCCAAAUGUUGUUGGUUGGGCACCAAAUCAACGUGGUGUCUCCUAUGUAUUCGGUUCUGAUGUGUUGGGACAGUUUUUACAUCGAAUGGAUUUGGAUAUUGUUGUUCGAGGGCAUCAGGUGGUUGAAGAUGGCUAUGAAUUUUUUGGGCGACGUGGUUUGGUAACCAUAUUUUCGGCACCAAAUUAUUGUGGUGAAUUUGAUAAUGCCGGUGCCGUGAUGAAUGUUGACGAAAAUCUUUUAUGCUCAUUUCAGGUUAGAAAUUUCUCUAAAUUAAAGUUUUGUAUAAAUAAAUAA